AUGAAAUUAUUCAGUCUUCCUUACCUUGCCUACUCUCGAAUCAUCACUUCAAUGAAUCCGAUAGAAGUGAUUUGCCUCUCAUUUUGUUCAAAAACAUCGAGAGAAAGAAUCAAGCAGAUACAUUUUCAUGUUCCUUUCCUAGGAAUUUCUACAAAAGCUAACAAACGGAAAUCUCCGGUGUUUCAAUUACGAAUUUCGACGGGAUGUCGACACUUAUCGAUUCCAUUCGAAACUGCUCCACGUUGGGCUUGGUGUAAAGGAAGAAGAUUUGUGGGAACUAUAGAUGGAGUCAAACACUAUUUCAGAUGCAUUGAGGGCAUGACUGGCACUGUUUUGUUUAGUAAUAUCCCGAAGAGUUAUUUCAAAAUAACCAAUUACAUGUUGGAUUUAGUACGAGCAAGUUUGUGUUUUCUGGAGUUGGAUUUGAAUGUGAUCGGCGAUUUGAAAGGAUUCAUAACUGAACCAUGCAUGAAAUCAGUUUCCGUAAUAGAUAUUAUUUCUGAAACUGUUACCGCUGAGAAGCUGUCCGUCUUCUUCAAUAACAUAGAGAAUCCGGUUAAAAACGUUCAUAUUCACUCGAAAGUUGAAGGACAAGUGUCUGCAAAAUCACUGACGUUCAAGACAUUACUAGCGACUUAUCAGAAGGAUUCGAUUUGGAGAGAGAUGAUGGAUUACUGGCAACUAUCUUAG